GCAUGGCGCGUAGCAGAGGGAGAAGGAAGCAGAAAGCCUCCGAGCUUCUUUUUGGGUUUUCUAAUGAAACACUCUCCAAGUUAGAAUGACAACAGGAUAUAAUGAAUGGGGCCUGUUCUUCAUACUGAAUGGCUGUCACAUAGAUGGAUUGCUAAUCUAAUAUGGCCAAUAGAAGGAGAGGAAAUCACAGACAGUUUCUCUCCUCCACAUCCUCUCCCACUGUGAACUCUCAUAAGCCUUCAACGCACCCGUGUCGAAGCCAUAGCAUAUGCAUGGUGUCUGACUUUUUUUAUCCAAAUAUGGGAGGAGUAGAAAGCCACAUCUACCAACUGUCACAGUGCCUGAUUGAAAGAGGACACAAAGUGAUCAUAGUUACCCAUGCUUAUGAAGACCGGAAAGGCAUUCGUUACCUCACAAAUGGAUUGAAAGUCUAUUAUUUGCCAUUAAGAGUCAUGUACAACCAGUCUACAGCAACAACUCUAUUCCACAGCUUGCCUUUGCUCAGGUAUAUAUUUGUGCGGGAAAGAGUCACCAUCAUCCAUGCUCAUAGUUCCUUUUCUGCAAUGGCUCAUGAUGCACUGUUCCAUGCCAAGACAAUGCAGUUACGGACAGUUUUUACAGACCAUUCCCUUUUUGGAUUUGCUGAUGUCAGUUCAGUGCUCACAAAUAAACUCUUGACUGUAUCGCUAUGUGAUACAAAUCACAUAAUAUGUGUUUCUUACACUAGCAAGGAGAACACUGUGUUGAGAGCGGCACUAAAUCCUGAGAUAGUUUCCGUUAUUCCUAAUGCUGUUGAUCCUACCGACUUCACUCCAGAUGCAUCUAGAUCGGAUAAUAAAACAAUAACUAUUGUUGUUGUCAGCAGGCUUGUGUAUAGAAAAGGUAUAGAUUUGCUUAGUGGCAUAAUUCCUGAGCUUUGUCAGAAGUAUCCAGAUCUGCACUUCUUAAUUGGAGGAGAAGGACCAAAGCGAAUUGUAUUAGAAGAGGUACGGGAAAGAUACCAGCUCCAUGAUAGAGUUCGUCUUCUGGGAGCUUUGGAACAUCAGGAUGUUCGGAAUGUCUUAGUCCAGGGACAUAUUUUUCUAAACACUUCUCUCACUGAAGCAUUUUGCAUGGCAAUUGUGGAAGCUGCCAGUUGUGGGUUACAGGUGGUAAGCACAAAAGUUGGUGGGAUUCCUGAAGUGUUGCCUGAUGAUUUUAUAAUCUUAUGUGAACCUUCUGUGAAUUCUCUGUGUAGUGGACUGGAAAAAGCUAUUAUCCAGUUGAAGUCAGGAUCACUUCCAUUGCCUGAAGUCAUACAUAACAAGGUUAAAACUUUCUACACUUGGAGAAAUGUUGCAAGGAGAACUGAAAAAGUGUAUGACAGAGUGGCAAGUGAAACUGUUUUGCCAAUGUCCAAACGGCUUGACAGGCUUAUUUCUCACUGUGGCCCUGUGACAGGCUGUAUUUUUGCAGUUUUGGCUGUGCUUAGCUUUCUUUUCCUUGUAUUCUUGAGAUGGAUGAUACCGGAUGACCAUAUUGAUUCUGCAGUAGAUGCCACAGGCCUAAAUGGAGUGUGGACACAACAACUUUUUCCCAAUACAAAAAAAAAGGAAAGAGUUCAAAUUCCUAGAGAUGCUACAAUAUGAGAGAGGACGUGGUUCUCCCACAGUUUUUGCACUGAGUGUUGGAGUGACGUUUACCAAAUGAAAAUAUUUCAGGAUGGACAGCUUUUCUAAAUAAUUUGGAGGAAAUAUGGCCACCUUGGAUCCCAUUCUGUGCAAAAGGUGGUAUGUAAAUUAAAUAAAAAUAAAAUGUUCUACCUCAGAUUAGGAUAGCCUAAAAGUGGCUUAAGAUAAAUAUGAUCGCUAAGAUUUGGAGCAAUGGCUGUUCACAUUUAUUUUAAUUAUUUUGUAUAAAUGGGCAGAAUAUUCUUGUGCCUGCCAAUGAAAGAAAAAUGGGAGAAAGUAAAGGAGUAAAUAGGUGAGCAGAUCUGGUUUAGUGCUGUUUCUUUUUUAUUUACUGUUGCCAACAUUCAUCAUUGCUCUUCCUAUCCUAAACGUCAUGCCUUUUUCAAGAAUGUAGGAUACUAGAAGGGUGAGGCCCAAAGAUGAGAUGAAUGCCUUAUAAAAUGGAGCAGAUCUUGCCUGUAUUUAGACAAUCUAUGCUUCAUGUUCCAACAUACGUAUUAUAUUUUUAAUACUUCCUUAAGUUUGUAUUUGAAAUUCACCUCAGCUUGUUUCCUGCUUAUUUUCUUGUCUGAUUUGAAAUUGAUUCAAAUAUAAAGAAAGCAUAGUAUCUCCAACAAACCAUGGGCUCAGUCACCCUUACCUGCUGCCUCGUUGCUCACAAGAAGAGAUUGGAUACCUCUGCUUUUAGCUAAAUUGCAACUCUCCUUUACCUGUGAACUAAACCAGGAUCAAACCAUGAUUUUAUAUUAACAAUGUAUAUCUACUCAGAUGUGAAUCUAAUUUGACUUAGUAGGGCUUAUUUAGACAUAAGCAUAAAUUUGAUUGAAACCAUGGUGAGUUAAAAUAAAGCAUUAUUUUGUAUACUAUAUCAUCAUCAUCCGUCUUUUACCUCGAUUUAGAUGGAAAACAGCUCGCAACAUUUGAAAAAAUGCAGACUAAAAUUCACAUCAUAUAAAUAUUAAAAUAGUUACUAAACAAACCAGUCAAUUAAAAUUCCUUAAAACAAUUUGAAUAAUCAGAUACCCUACACCACUCCUCUUGCUCGCUUUUUCUUCUUUAAAAGACUGCCUUAAUAAGCAGGUUUUACCCAGCUACAGGAGAGCUCAGAGCCCGGGCUGGUUUGCUGCAGGAGAUACGAUCUGCCAAAUAGCCUGGACAUGAGACAUAUAGGGAUUUAUAGAUCAUGACCAGCACUUUGAAUUGUGCCUAGAAACAAUCUGGCAGCUAGUGGAGUUAUUACAACCAGGGGUUUGUACUCCUUUUAGCCAGCCCUGGUUAACAAUCUGCUGUAAUUCUUUGGGCCAGCCAAAGUUUGCCAAUGCUUUUUAACACCUGCUGGUGUUUCUUUUGCUGUUUGUGCCCUUGUUCAGAAGAUUUCACCUUACUUUCUGUUCCCUAUGAUAAUUGGAUUUUGAAAAAUGUGGCUUGUUGUGGAAACAAGGAUCGGUGAGAAAGCUGCAGUGGAGACACCUUUCCCCCCGAGAAAUCUUUCAGGAGUGAAUUUUCUUCCCCAGAGGUAGAUUUAAUAGAAUCAUAAGAGUUAGAAGAGACCUUGUGAGCCAUCCAGUCCAACCCCCACCAAGAAGCAGGAAAAUUACAUUCAAAGCACCCCCGACAGAUGGCCAUCCAGUCUCUGUUUAAAAGCCCGCAAAGAAGGAACUUCUUCCACUGCUGAACAGCUCUCACAGUUAGGAAGUUCUUCCUAAUGUUCAGGUGGAAUCUCCUUUCCUGUAAUUUGAAGCCAUUGUUCUGCGUCCUAAUCUCCAGGGCAGCAGAAAACAAGCUUGCUCCCUUCUCCCUAUGACUUCUUCUCACAUUUUUAUACAUGGCUACCAUGUCUCCUCUCAGCCUUCUCUUCUGCAGGCUAAACAUGUCCAGCUCUUUCAGCCGCUUCUCACAGGGCUUAUUCUCCAGACCCUUGAUCAUUUUACUCACCCUCCUCUGGACACAUUCCAGCUUGUCAACAUCUCCCUUCAAUUGUGGUGCCCAGAAUUGGACACAAUAUUCCGGGUGUGGUCUGACCAAGGUAGAAUACAGGGGUAGCAUAACCUCCCUGGAUCUAGACACUAUACUCUUAUUUAUGCAGGCCAAAAUCCCAUUGGCUUUUUUAGCUGUCACAUGACAUUGUUGGUUCAUGUUUAACUUGUUGUCUACAAGGACUCCCAAAAUCUUUUUCACACGUACUGCUGUCGAGCCAGGCGUCCCCCCAUUUCUCUCAAUUCCUGUUGUCUCACCCUGUACUUAACUAUGAGUCGUUUGUAAGUUGGAGGUUUGUAAUUUGGGAACUGCCUGUAUUUCAUCAAGUGUCAAACUAAGCGAGAAACUGAAAAAUAUUAUUGUUUUUGCUAAUAUGACAUAUUUAUAAAAAAAAGUGUUUAUGCUACUUUCAGUGUUACGCUGAUUUCCAGUGUUAGUCAAGUUGUUUUCAAAGCCAAAGAAUUGCUUCAUGUUUAAAGAAAUCGUCUAGCACAGUCGUUCUCGACCCGGGAGCCCCAGAUGUUUUUGUCCUACAACUCCCAGAAAUCCCAGCCAGUUUACCAGCUGUUAGGAUUUCUGGGAGUUGAAGGCCAAAAACAUCAGGGGAUCCCAGGUUGAGAACCACUGAUCUAGCAGAUCUAGCUGAGGUCAAAUUAGAAAUGUGUUUCUAACACUGAAAAUCCAAAUUUUUAUGUUCAGUAUCGAAAAGAAACACAACAGCAGUCAAUUGUUACUGGUAUAGUUGGAGCAAACAAGGUUAGGUGAUAUUGUAAAGCAUGUAUUUAAAACCAACACAAUUAAAAUACUUUAAAAAGAAAUAAAUGUAGAAUAAAAGUUUCCUAAUGCAUGCCAGUUACAAAAGCAGUAGGCUAUCAGAAGGAUAGGUUUUAGACACCUGUUUGAACUAUGUGAACAUUGUUAGGUGAUCUCAGUUGACUGUAUUUUUAAGUUGAUGUCUGUCAUCAAUCUAAAUUGGCUGGUACUGAUAGCAUUAAACAUAAAGGAAGAGUGUCAUUUUCUGGGUCCACCUGGUUACUAACAGUAUUUUCUGUGUGGUAAGCGCUAUUCCAUAAUCGUGUAGCAUUUAGCCAAGAUGUUUACAAGUUAUCAUUUUCUGUCCACUAUUUAAACUGUAUACACUCCCAUUCAACUGGGCAUUCCAGUGGUCUCUUGAUCAAAUGGCUGUGAUACAUGCUUGUAGUGUAUUGAAGGAAAUAUUUGAAAGAACAAGUUGUCUACAAAACUUAAUACUCCGUUUGCAUCCUAUCUUGCUCCACUGUGCACCUUCAAUUAUUUUAUUUUUUAAUAUAAUCUUGGAACAUCUUAACUAGAAUUCUUUCCAAAUUAUGUAUUUAAGAGUUGUGGUGUUCUGAGAUACACAAUUAGACAAUAUUUUUAAAUGUACAGUGAUAAUACUUUGAUCACAUUAAAAUAUUAAAGAUAGUGAAAUGUAAAUCAGUAUUUCCUACUUACAUGGUUGACUCCAUCAGUUUGAAUUAUGCCAUAUUGGGAAUAUACCUUGCCAUGUGCAGAGUAAGACAAUGUAUGUUUUUUUUUUCCAACCAGGAAAAUCACUUAUCUUGAAAUUUAACAGACUGGAUGAGGUGGCAAGGGAUGUCUGUGGAAAGAAAUAACCAUCAUGAUCAUGAUUAUGAUGAUGCAGUAUCACCAAACAAACAACUGACAAAAUUAUAUUUGUGGUAUAAUAAUUUAUUUUAAAAUAUUUACUGACUUUAAAAAUGUUCCACUGUCUUUUUCAAAUACUUUUUUAAAAAAUUGUCUGCCAAAAUCCUUUUCACCUUCAUUUUGCUACUGUUUAUCUAUUUUUUCCCUAAAGGAAAAAUAUGUUUACUUAUGUAUAUUGAUUACCAUAUAUUUAUGAGAAUUCUAUAAACAUGUCUAGAUAUAUUUCUCCAUGACUAAAAACUGUGUUUUGCUAUAUUUUCUAUGACACAAUAUCCUAAGAACCUCUUUUUCACGUGUAACUAAUUGUUGCCUAUUUCUCUUCCCAAUUCCAAAUCAGAUUAAACAUGAUGGUUAGCUGUAAUAUGCACAUCAGUGAAUUUUGAAAAAAAAGACAAGACUUUUCUGAUGAAAAGAUUUGAAAUGAUUGCUGAACAAAUGGAUUAAUGACAAAUGUACUCUAUUCAUGUAGUAAACCUUAUCAAUUCUUAUAGGCUACAGAUUCCCAAUGACAGUUUUAGGAUUGGUUUUGAUUAUAAUAGUAUUGGACAUGAAACCAGGUCAUCAACUGGAAGUUGAAGCAUACACAAACACACGUGUCUGUUGUUCUUCAUGGUGUCUGUGAACCGCACAAAUGAGUUUUAUUGCACUCAUGCAAUGCACUUUGGAACCUUCUAGAACUCUAGAGCAGUGGUUCCCAAACUGCUCCAUGGAACCUUAGGGUUCUACAAAAGCGUUGUAGGGGUUUUUACAAAAAAUCUUUAAAAUCUAAUUUGAAAUAGAUUUUAAAAUAAAACCACUGAAAGCUAACUAGUUGAUUAUAUCUAAUGCCAAGGAAGGGAGAGCGUGGUUUGUUGCCAAAAACCUACUUGCCAACAGAGGUUAUUUUAUCACAGGCCGGCAUCUCAAAUCUCGCAAUCUCUCCAGGGAAAGUGCAUGGAUGUUCUGAGAAAGUUCCUUGUGCACACACUACAGCACUCUAGGCUUUUCUAGAAACAUCCAGAAUGUUCUUUGUCUUAUAAAUACCACUGCUCCCUAAACUAAGUUCAGUUCAGAGCAACCUCAGUAUUUUCUCUUUAUUUCCAAACUUGCUGUUAUAAAAAAAAAACACUCAGGCAAUAGCAGUAAAGAGAAAAGGAGGACUUUAUGGGUUCCCAAUACUCAGUAAAACCCAGGGAUAGAAUUAGGGUUCCAUGACUGCAAAAGUUUGGGAACCUCUGCUCUAAAGAAACAAUUUUUGACUGCAACCUCACCCACCUGUUCAACAUAUAAGGGUAGUUGCAGGCAAAUCCUCAGUUCUUUUUCAUCCAUCACUACAGCAGCACAUUAGGAAUCUCAGCUUGUUUUGUGUCUCUUCAUACUUUCUGUGGAAAGCUUUGCUUCUGAUUGCCUCCUCUGGUUUUACGUGACUUGGUCUAUUCUCUGCUUACUCUUUUGUGUACUCCCUUCUUUGUUCCAUGUUUAUUUCUAGAUUUGAUCUCAGCCCAUAUCUUCUAUUCUCUGACCUUCAUUCCUGACCCUACUAGUCUUACCACCUCUCAAGGUCAUUGACCACAUUCUUCAAGAAAUGUGCAGAUUGUGGUAAAACUAAAUCACCGACACAGAUAGGCAUUACAAAUGUUUCUUGUGUCUUUUGGGAAGGCACAUUGGUUAAACCUGCUGUCUUUAUGCUCCAGGCCAGGCAUAACAAGAAGUCUCACCUUAGGACUUUUCUAUAUGAGCAUCCUCUAAUGUCUCUGCCUCUGGUCUCAAGCACAACCACCACCUCCAAGUUGGCUUCAAAACCACAUAAGCAUCACUGAUAUGUCUGUGUCAUUGGUACCAUCAUCGAAGUGAAGACUGACAUUGAUAUCUAAUUGACUCAGCCUCCAUUGACAUUGUCAGUCUGGUUCACCAUCAAGUUAUCAUUACAGGAAUCAAAAUCAUCUCAGGUGAAAAAGGCCAAGAAACUGACCCGUCACUGUACCUCACAAGCUCCUUAGUCCGAGCUGCUCGAUGGACAUGGGUGAAUUUACUACACUGAAGAAAAGCAUAAGAAGAAAAUUCAUCCAGAAAUGAAACCUGCAUCUCUGCCUAGUUCCCCAACACCGGCAGAACACUCAAUGAUUGCAGUCACCUUGGACUUCCUUCACCCCUCAGUUGCCUUGAUAUCAUAAAUUGGUGAAAACAUUGGAGGCUCACCCUCAUCCUCUGCUUCCCAGAUGCUCAGAUGGGGAGAUAGUUGACACUCUGCCACCAACCCAACUGGAGUACUUGAUGUUGCAUUGGACAUGGCCUUGGAGAUCAUACCAGUCUCCACCAAGUGUACACAUUCUGCUCAACUACUUUCUAGAUCACCUCCCCCACCCCCAUAAUUUAUUUCAAGUACCCCCUUCCUGGUGAGGUUUAAUCAUUCCAGAUUCAAGGGAAUGAUGGUGUUGAAGACAUCACCACAAAUGGUGUCAUCUUCAGAUCAUUCUGAAGACAACAUCACCAAAAGGGAAUGGCAGAGCGGGGAUGUAAAUAUCCCAGAUAUGGGAUGGGAGGAAACAGAUUUCUCACCAACCCUGCUAUCUCCUGAGGAUGUCAUCUUUAGAUUUCCUGAGGAUAACAGUAUGUUUAGAAUGUUUCCAAGACAAUGUUUCUAAGAUCUGCGGGGGGUGGUAGGCACAGCUGGACAAAGUGACCAUUUCAAGAACUGGACUCAACCCUCAAUUUAGAUUUAAUACCGGGUGUUUGAAAAAGAACCCCCUAUUCACCAUUUAAAUUAAAUGGCGAAUAAGGAGUUCUUUUUCAAACACCCUGUAUUUCAAGGGGUAAGUGAAUAAUGGUUUCGGAGAGGACAGUAAAAUCCAUGGAACAGGAUGAUCUUUUUCCGUAAUUGUAUUGCAGAAAUUACUUUGAUUGAAACAAAAUACAAUACAAUGGUACUAUUGCUUCCCCUCCCUCUCCCUUCCCCCUUGGCCUUUUCCUUGGAGUUCCAUUCCUUCAGUAGGAGACAUACCUACUCUAAACAUGUAUGGUGUAUAUCUUUCAGGAUAAUUCUUAACUAAUAUCCUCUAGGUCAGGGGUCCCCAAACUUUUUAAACAGGGGGCCAGUUCACAAUCCUUUGGACAGUUGGAGGGCCGGACUAUAGUUGGCCACUGAGCAAUAAUAAUAAUAAUAAUAAUUAACAACAACAACAACAACAAUAAUAAAGAGGGUUGGAAGAGACCCUUUGAGCCAUUGAGUCCAAUCACAUUCUGCUUUUGUGUAUCAAAAGCACAAGCAAUGUACCCCUGACAGAUGGCCACCCAGCUUCAAUGUUAAUAAUAAUAAUAAUAAUAAUAAUAAUAAAAGAGGGUUGGAAGAGACCCCAUGGGCCAUUGAGUCCAAUCACAUUCUGCUUUUGUGUAUCAAAAGCACAAGCAAAGUACCCCUGACAGAUGGCCACCCAGCCUCAAUGUUAAUAAUAAUAAUAAUAAUAAUAAUAAUAAUAAUAAUAAUAAUAAUAAUAAUAAUAAGAGGGUUGGAAGAGACCCCUUGGGCCAUUUAGUCCAAUUCCCUUCUGCUUUUGUGCAUCAAAAGCACAAGCAAAGCACCCCUGACAGAUGGCCACCCAGCCUCAAUGUUAAUAAUAAUAAUAAUAAUAAUAAAGAGGGUUGGAAGAGACCCCAUGGGCCAUUUAGUCCAAUCCCCUUCUGCUUUUGUGUACCAAAAGCACAAGCAAAGCACCCCUGACAGAUAGCCACCCAACCUCAAUAAUAAUAAUAAUAAUAAUAAUAAUAAUAAUAAUAAUAAUAAUAAUAAUAAUAAUAAUGGUUGUAAGAGAAUAAGAGACCCCUUGGGUCAUUUAGCCCAACCUCCUUCUGCCCUUGUGCUGUGGGGGCCGGAUAAAUGGGUUCGAUGGGCCGCAUCCGGCCCCCGGGCCUUAGUUUGGGGACCCCUGCUCUAGGUAGUAGUUGUAUCUAGAUAUAUUUCAGAUGAAAUUUUAUUCUGCUUUCAACGUAUUCAAAAUCCUCAGUCCAUAACAACAGCAACAACACUUUAUAACCCGCCCUCUCUCCCCAAGGGGACUCUCUCCCCAAGUGUGCCUUUUCUUUUUUAAAUAAAAUUUAGAAAUGCUUGGCAAUCCUU